AUGCCCUCGCAAGCGCCGGCUACGGCGCGCAAAAUCGAGUACGUCGUGCCACAAGUGCUUACCAAAGAUGUACUUGCGCAUGGCUCCACACCUGCGCCUCCGAGCGAGUCGAUGCGUGCAUCGUAUGCGGCGGGCGAAGCCGUUCCCUGGGUGAUCCAGAAUAAGUAUUAUACGGCGGAGGUGUACAUGGACUAUGUGGAUUGUAUGCAUGCGACGUCCAAAGCGCCUGCGAUGAUCCUGUUGGUAAGCCGCGACGCGCCGGUGGGCGACCAUGUCCGUUUCUUGCAAGAAGCCAAGCAGAAGCAGGUGGUGGGAUUCGAGCUGGAUGUGUCGGUUGUGGUCGGAGUCCCCGGUGCGCAGAAUGCACAAGGCGUGCGGCGCUCUGAGGAGAUUGAUCGCGUAUACGCAAUGGAGGGUUGGGAGUACAUCGAUCUGAUGCACGACGAGGAAGGUGCGCCUGGCGCUCGCCUCCGCGAUGCACUCAUGUCACAUACGUGGGACGGAAUGGAGGUGCUAGGACAGCACGUUCAGGUACAUGAAGCACACGACGCUUUCCCUGUGCACGCCGGAUCGCCCGCCGAGGAAAGCUUUGACGACGACUUUUUAGAUUUUGCCAGUGCGCCGGCGCCUGGCGAAGUGCUGCCAAGCGAGCACGAUGUGGAUAUGUAUGCGCAGCGGCUUGGGCUCCAAGACAAGCUGGAAGACAUGUCCACGGUGCCGUUUGACCGACUUCACCUGGAAAUGCAGCGCGUGCGAGCAUUGCCGCAAGGCGCAGAAAAAGAGGCGCAAGCUGCAUUGGUUGCGCUUGCGCUAGACAAAGUGUUAAAGAUGUAA